UUUGAUUACGAUCUUCGACGUGUUGUAUUUUGAUUUCAUUAUUUAAAAGAAAUCGGCAUUUUAUAAUUUGUCUUUAUUUAAUUGCAACUUUUAACUUUGAUUUCACAACAUACAUUUUUAAAAAUAAAAUGUUUAAUGAUGUAUACUUUACUCCACGGAUUUUAUAAAUAUGUUGUUCAGAAAGACGAAUAUUUCGUGUUGAUAUUAGGACUGGACAAUGCGGGGAAAACGACUUAUUUGGAGGCAACCAAAACAAAAUACACAAAAAAGUAUAAAGCAAUGAACCCCAGUAGAAUAACAACCACAGUAGGCUUAAAUAUAGGUAAAAUAGAUGUAGAUGGAGUUAGACUUAAUUUUUGGGACCUGGGUGGCCAACAGGAAUUGCAAUCACUAUGGGAUAAAUAUUAUGCAGAAUGCCAUGCUGUUAUUUAUAUUGUAGACUCUUCAGAUAGAGAAAGAGUGUCAGAAUCAAAGGAAACUUUCGACAGGAUGAUAGCAUCGGAGCACCUCUCCGGCGUCCCGCUAUUGGUGCUUGCGAAUAAACAGGACAUUCCAGACUGCAUGGGAGUGCACACCGUUAAACCAAUCUUCAACCAGAAUGCGCACUUGAUUGGUGCUAGAGAUAUAAUGCUUAUGGCCACAUCUGCUUUGACUGGAGAUGGCGUCGACGAAGGGAUACGGUGGCUAGUGGACUGCAUAAAGAGAAACAGUCUCGAGAGACCACCGCGGAAUCACGAAGACAAUUUGUGAAGCACAACGGCUGCGGGCUGCAAAUUGCGACAUUCACAAUAAAUAUUACACCAUUGCAAUACCGACACAUUGAAUAUUAAUUAGCUUUCCUAUUAAGAUAAUGUUCUGACUCGUCCCAUUGUUUUGUACAUACAGUAUUGACGUUUGAAAAUAAAACAUACGAACUGAG